AUGAGUUUUGGGGGUUUUCUUGACGACAAAUCAGGUAGUAACGUUUCAGAUAUUCCUUACAAAAACGUUACCGCUACCAACCCCCACAACAACAAUAGAAUGCCCUUUGGUGCAAUCUCUCAGCCACGUCUCGUGACCACCACUCCCACUUUGGCCAAAUCCAUGUUCAACUCCCCGGGACUAUCUCUGGCACUUCAAACCAAUCUAGAUGGACAAGAAGAUGCGAAUAGAAUGUUCGAAGAACCAAACGGUCUGAGAAGAAGCAGAGAAGAAGAGCAUGAAAGCAGAUCUGGCAGCGACAACAUGGAUGGUGCUUCCGGGGAUGAACACGAUGCAGAUGACAAACCUCCAAAGAAAAAACGCUAUCACCGACACACCCCUCAGCAGAUACAAGAACUUGAAGCGUUGUUCAAGGAAUGUCCUCAUCCAGAUGAGAAGCAAAGACUCGAACUUAGCAAGAGGCUAUGCUUGGAAACCCGACAGGUGAAGUUUUGGUUCCAAAACAGGAGAACCCAAAUGAAGACCCAGUUGGAGCGGCACGAGAACACUUUGCUGAGGCAAGAAAACGACAAGUUGAGAGCGGAGAACAUGUCCAUCAGGGAGGCAAUGAGGAACCCCAUGUGCUCCAAUUGCGGUGGUCCUGCCAUCAUCGGCGAGAUUUCGCUGGAGGAACAGCACCUUAGGAUUGAGAAUGCGCGAUUGAAGGACGAGCUCGAUCGGGUGUGUGCUCUCACAGGCAAGUUUCUGGGUCGUCCGGUUUCUUCAUUACCGAAUUCAAGUUUGGAGCUUGGCGUUGGGGGAAACGGGUUUGGUGGAAUGAGCAUCAGCACUACAUUGCCUUUGGGACAAGAUUUUGGAAUGGGAAUGUCUAUGUCUGUGUCUAACAACCCCUUGGCUAUGGUGUCCCCGUCGAGUACUAGACCAACUACUGUUGUGGGUGGGUUUGAUAAAUCCAUCGAGAGGUCUAUGUUUCUUGAGCUUGCUUUGGCUGCCAUGGAUGAGUUGGUGAAGAUGGCACAAACUGGGGAGCCUCUUUGGGUGAGAAAUGUUGAAGGGGGGAGGGAAAUUUUGAACCAUGAGGAGUAUGUGAGGACUUUCACUCCUUGCAUUGGUUUGAGACCCAAUGGGUUUGUGUCUGAAGCCUCUAGGGAAAAUGGAAUGGUCAUCAUUAACAGUUUGGCACUUGUUGAGACUCUCAUGGACGCGAAUAGAUGGGCAGAGAUGUUUCCUUGUAUCAUUGCAAGAACCUCAACAACUGAAGUGAUAUCUAAUGGAAUAAAUGGAACAAGAAAUGGAGCACUUCAAUUAAUGCAUGCUGAACUUCAAGUUCUUUCUCCCUUGGUUCCUGUUCGCGAGGUCAAUUUCCUUCGAUUUUGCAAGCAGCACGCAGAAGGGGUUUGGGCAGUGGUGGAUGUGUCCAUUGAUAGCAUCAGAGAAGGUUCAGGAGCACCACCCACGUUUGUGAACUGUAGGAGGCUUCCUUCUGGUUGUGUUCUGCAAGACAUGCCCAAUGGUUACUCCAAGGUGACAUGGGUGGAGCAUGCAGAAUACGAUGAGAACCAAGUUCACCAGGUUUAUAGACCAUUGUUGAGCUCAGGCAUGGGUUUCGGUGCUCAACGAUGGGUGGCUACCCUUCAACGCCAAAGCGAGUGUCUAGCGAUCUUAAUGUCCUCAGCAGCACCAUCUCGAGACCAUUCAGCAAUAACGGCUGGGGGAAGACGGAGCAUGGUGAAGCUGGCGCAGCGAAUGACCAACAACUUCUGCGCCGGUGUGUGCGCCUCCACGGUGCACAAGUGGAACAAGCUCAACGCCGGGAACGUGGACGAGGACGUGAGGGUGAUGACGCGGAAGAGCGUGGACGAUCCCGGCGAGCCGCCAGGGAUCGUGCUGAGCGCCGCCACCUCCGUCUGGCUCCCGGUGUCGCCGCAGAGGCUCUUCGACUUCCUCCGCGACGAGCGCCUCCGAAGCGAGUGGGACAUACUCUCCAACGGUGGGCCCAUGCAGGAGAUGGCCCACAUCGCCAAGGGCCAAGACCACGGCAACUGCGUAUCUCUCCUACGAGCCAGUGCGAUAAACUCCAACCAGAGUAGCAUGCUGAUACUGCAGGAGACAUGCAUAGACGCGGCGGGGUCGCUUGUGGUGUACGCGCCGGUGGAUAUCCCGGCCAUGCACGUGGUUAUGAACGGUGGUGAUUCGGCUUACGUGGCUUUGUUGCCUUCAGGAUUUGCGAUUGUUCCCGAUGGGCCCGGGUCUCGUGGGCAGCAGAAUGGGCUGACUGCCACAACAAACGGCAGUGAAAACGGCGGGGCACGUGUGAGUGGGUCCCUCCUAACAGUGGCGUUUCAGAUCCUUGUGAAUAGUCUUCCUACAGCCAAGCUCACCGUAGAGUCGGUGGAAACCGUGAACAACCUCAUAUCAUGCACCGUUCAGAAGAUCAAAGCCGCGCUCCACUGCGAAAGUUAA